UAUUAUUUUAAUUUUUCAAUUUAGUUUAGUUACAAGUUAUGUGAUGGAGAAAAGUUUAUAUUACAUAUUAUUUUGUAUUAUUUUUAAUUCAGUCAAUAAUUUCAUAAUAAAAUUGUAAAGUUAUACUUAGAUACUAUUUAGUCUUAUUUCAUCUAUUGUGAUACAUACCUAUUUCGAAUUAAGUAAUUUAUGUACUUUACUGUUAAAAUAAUUAUCAAUUUUUAGUUGAAAAUAUUAUUGGUAUGUUAUCUGUUGAUUCAACUCUAAUAUUCGGAUAAUUAAUUCACUACGUAUCCAUUUAUUAUCUAUUAUUUAUUAUUAUUGCGUAUUUGUUAAAUAUUGUAACUAGGUUUAUCAAAUUAGUAUUUAAAAUGCUUUAAAUUAAAAUAAAUAUUUAAUACUAUUUCAGAUAGUUAUAUUUCUAUGAGUUCAUUACCAAAUGAUAUUUUAUUUACAUCUGAAAUGGACGAUUCAGUGAUUUCACUAUCAUCAUCUGAUUCGGCAUCUUCUGCAAGUUCGACACCUAUGUCUGAUAAUUUCCUAACAAUAAUAAAUGAAGUAGAUAAAUUAGAUAAAUAUUUUUUUUUUUGUUUUAAAUACUUCAAAUAUUGUUUUAUUGUUUUUAGGACGAUUUGAAUGAAAAUAUACUAGAACAAGAAAUUGAAAAAUGUAAUAAAAUGAUAAUAACUACAAAAGAGUAUAGUCAAGAACGAUUGCGACUUGUCAGAAGAUUAGUAGAACUAAGACUUAAAUUCACAAUGGUGACAGAAAGAAAAGUUUUAGAAAGUGAUGAUCUAAUAAAUACCAAUACUCAAGUGGUUUAUGGGCAUCAUUUAUCUCUUAUAUGGAAAUCUGAUUGGUUAACAACUAAUUUUUGUGAUGUAUGUGCAAAAUCAAUUUGGAAAAACAUGCAUCAGUUUUAUAAAUGUAUUGGUAAGUAUUACAUUUGUAUUUAUUUGAUUAAAUUAGCCAAACAUUAAAUCAAAGUAGAUAUUUAAUUUCAGACUGUGGAUACUAUUGUCAUGUAUUUUGUAUGGAAAAUAUUAAAAGAAUUUGUACUGCAAUUAGAGCUAGUGAGCAUUCUAUGAUUUUGACUAUUUGCCCAUAUAGUGGAUUAUUAACUCAAGAUUACAAAUGUGCUGAAUGCCAAUCAUAUGUCCGUAUUCGUAACAUAAAAGUUUCACCAGGUAUACAGAAAUACAAUUAAUAUAUUUUACUAUAUUUUUAUAAUUAUAAUUUUUGUACUAAAGUUAUAUAGAUGUUAUUUUUAUUUUCAGAAGAUACACUUUCAUUAGAAGCACGUCUAUGUGACUACGAUGGGAAAUUUUAUUGCCCUUUACACCAUUGGAAUAAGACUGCUGUAAUUCCAGCACGUGUUGUCUGUAAUUGGCAAUUUGAUAAACAAUAUGUGAGUCAGGCUUCUUUUCAACUGUUGGAAUAUAAAUAUAAAUCAAAAGUAUACGAUUUGGAAAAACAUAACCCUAAACUUUUCAUGUAUCUUGAGUCACUUAGUCAAAUUAAAGUAGGACAAUUAUUAAUAAAUUAUUUCUAAGUAAACCUAAUUUAAAAAAUUAAUUAUUUAUUUUGUAUUUUUAAAGAACAUUAAAAAUAAUGUAUUCAAAAUGAAGAAAUAUUUAGUUUUAUGCAAAGUUUGGAAUGCACAGUUAAAAAAUAUAUCUUCAAGAUGUCAUGAAUUUUUAUACGAUAGUAAUUUGUAUAGUAUGAAAGAUUUAAUUGAAAUAAAAUCAGGAAUUUUUUUAGAGGAUUUAUUGAGAGUAGUACAAAUAUGUGAGAAACAUAUACGAGUUGAAUGUGAAGUAAUUUAUUUUUACACUUUUUUUUUUUUAUAAUACCUAGAUAUUUUUAUUUUUUUAUUAUUUUUAUUAUUAGAUUUGUAAAAAUCGAGGAUAUAUUUGCGAAAUUUGUAAACAAGAUAAAAUAAUAUUCCCAUUUGAUGAAGAUGUUUAUAGCUGUGAUAAAUGCCAUAAUGUUUAUCAUAAUAAUUGCUGUAAUGAAAGAAAUUUUUGUCCUAAAUGUAAAAGAAUUGAAAACAGAUCUAAAAUUCAAGAAUACUCUACUACAAUAUAAUUCAAAUUUCAAGAAAAUUAAUAUUAAGUAUUUUAUUCUUAAAUAAAAAUUGUAUUUUGUUCUACACUUAAAAUAUGUAACACUUCUAACACUUUCUACUUCUAAAUUAACAUUUUAAUUGGUUAUAGAUUUAUAAAUGCCUUAGAAAUAAUAUUAAGUUUUAUCUUUGAAAAGGGUCAAGUACUGUGAUAUUUUUACUAUAAAAUUAUAUUGUUUAUUAUUAUGUUGAAGUUUAAUAUUUAUAUUUGAGGUUAUUAUCUAAUUAAUUAUAAAAUUUGUAUAACGUAUUAUGCUACAUUAUAGUAUUGUUUAAAUUUAUAUGAUGAAAAUUAAAAUUUUAAUUCUGUAACAAAAAUUACUAUUAGGAUGAUUUUUUUCUCCAUUUUUCUUGCCAUAAAAAAAAUGACAUUUCAUAUAUUAUUUUGUAAUUUAUGAGAAUACAAUUUAUUUUUGGCUCCAUAAAGAUACUUUUAAAUUUGAGACUAAAAAAAAAAUAUAUAAAUUAUAAUUUAUUUUGCAAUGAUAGCUAUUUAAGUUUUUUAUGAAAUACUGUUUGUAUGUAUUGACAUUAAGGAAUAAGUUACCCAAUAGGUUAUUAUUAAUGUGUAUUUAAAAUGUGUAUAAAGAAAAUAACUAGUACAAAUUAUAAUACAAAAUUAAUGAGUUUCAUUUUGUUAUAUUAAAUAAACGAAGUAUCUACACAGUAUACAAUGCUGAUAAUAUGAAACAGGUGAACAUCAGUAACUUAAUUAUGGGAAUAGAUCUUCCAGAGCAUUAUUUUUAUAUUAUUAUCAGGGAUCGGUAAUUAUCAAUAUUUAAUUAUUAAUCUAGUUAUUAAACAAUUUAAAGAAAAAACGAAAAUGCAUAUGGUGUUAAAGUAUGUAUUGUUAAGAAUAACUGUCUAUUUUCCUAUUAGUUUCGUCUAAUUUUUGAAAUAUAGUUAACAGAUUUGUUUUUAUAUUAUCUUUGAUAAUAAGGAUUGGAUAAUUAUCAGGGAUCCUAAUUAUUAUUAUUAUUAUUAUAAUGCAUCUUAAUAUACCAAUGUCAUCAAAGGUGGAAUAGCCAACUGAGCAAAUGCCUUGUGACCUGGUUUAUGAGUGGCCC